AUUUUAAUCUCGUAUAAAACCUUUCCUUAAUUGGAGGAAAUCCAUGCUAUAUAUACUCUCUAAAAUUCUCUGGAGAGAGAACGAGCUUAAAGAACAACCUUUUUUUUUUUAGAGAGAGAGAAUUGUCGUACACCUCUCUCUCUCUCUAUCUCUAUCUCUAUCUUUCUCUAUCUCUAAUACACAAACAAAGCAACGGCACACAAUUGGAAAUUAACCUCGUAGCGCGAUCGAUUUCCUCGUAUAACGCACUAUUUUGUUUUUUGUUUGCAUUGUUCUCUCCGGGGAAAAUGCCGACCACUGCCGGCGGAAGCCCCCACGCGCACCACCGUCGUCAUUUUUCGGAGGCGCCGAACGCCGCCGGCGAGAAACUAUCGGAUCACGCGCAGAGCUCAUUCGCCGGCGAUUUAGGCGAUUCGGAACACAGCAAUGGCAAUUGUGGUAGUAAAUGCGCCGGCGCCGGCGCCGGCGGCCACCACCACCCGGCUAUUCGCUACCUUUUGGUGCGGAAGAGGGUGCCGGAGAAAUUUGUGUACAGAGGAGAGGAAUUCGUGUCGGGAAUUUUGGCGAUUGUGCAGUCUUUUAGAUCGAGGAAGAACACGGGGCGGUCGGUGAUUGGGCUGUUGCUUGCAUUGCUCAUGUUCUCUGUGUUCCUCAAAUUCUCCUUCUUCAUAAAUGGCAAUGUCGGCGAGGUUAAUGAGAGCUUGAUGAGGUUAACCGACAAUGGCCAAUUGGUCCUCCAGAAUUUCAAGAAUGAUUGGGCUAAUGCUCACCAGAAGAUCGUUUCUGAAUCGGACUCUUCUUCGUCUUCUUCCGGCGAUGUUGUUCUCAAACGUCAGAUGAAGGAAGUUUUUGUCCCAGAAAUAUGGAUGAAACCAAACAGUGAUAACUACUAUAAGUGCAUUGCUCGAUCAAAGAAUGAAAUAAGGAGACAAGCAAGAAAUGGUUAUAUUUUGGUUCAUGCAAAUGGGGGAUUAAACCAAAUGAGAACAGGAAUAUGUGAUAUGGUCGCUAUUGCCAAGAUUCUAAAUGCCGCUUUGGUUCUUCCUUCUCUUGAUCACGAGUCAUUCUGGACUGAUACUAGUGAUUUCAAGGAUAUCUUUGACUGGAGGCAAUUCAUUGAAGCUUUGAAAGAUGAUAUUGAGAUCGUUGAAUCUUUGCCAGCAAAGUAUUCAGCGGUGGAACCCCUGGUUAAGGCGCCUGUGUCUUGGUCACAGGCUAGCUACUACAGAGGAGAGAUUUUGCCAUUGCUAAAGAAACAUAAGGUAAUCCAAUUUACACACUCGGACUCGAGACUUGCAAACAAUGGCGUAGCUGCCUCAAUUCAGAGGCUUCGUUGCCGAGCAAACUAUGAGGCUCUUCGGUACACACCUGAGAUUGAGGAGCUUGGAAAGAAGCUGGUUAAUAGAUUAAGGGAAAACGAUGUUCCGUAUAUUGCUCUUCAUUUGAGAUACGAAAAGGACAUGCUUGCGUUUACUGGCUGCAGCCACAAUCUGAGUGAAGCAGAAGCCGAGGAACUUCGCGUUAUGAGGUAUAAUGUGCAGCACUGGAAAGAGAAAGAGAUAGACAGCGAAGAAAGGAGACUGAUUGGAGGCUGCCCUAUGUCCCCGAGGGAAGCGGCCAUGUUUCUGAAGGCGAUGGGGUACCCAUCCACGACAAAAAUAUACAUUGUUGCAGGGCAAAUUUAUGGUAACAACAGCAUGGAUGCAUUCCGCUUAGAAUACCCCAACGUGUUUUCGCACUCAACACUCGCAACGGAGGAGGAGUUGGAACCUUUCAAGCCAUAUCAGAACCGCCUCGCUGCAUUGGAUUACAUUAUAGCCCUCGAAAGUGACGUAUUUGUUUACACGUAUGAUGGUAACAUGGCAAAGGCAGUACAAGGGCACCGGAGGUUUGAAGGUUUCCGAAAGACCAUUAGCCCUGACAGAUUAAAUUUUGUAAAGUUGAUCGAUUCAUUGGACAAGGGCGAUAUUUCUUGGAAUGAGUUUUGUACUGAGGUUAAAGCCUCGCAUUCCAAUAGGCUUGGAUCUCCUUACCUUCGAGAAGGAAUUGACGAUUCGCCCAGAUUAGAGGAGAACUUCUACGCAAAUCCCUUCCCCGGUUGUAUCUGUAAUAGAACCCACAAUCAAUUUAGUAGCUUUCAACUUAUCAAGAAUCCAAUCCCGGAAGUUGCUUCACAAAGAUGAUAGGGUUUUGUUUCAUGAUAGUCAUAGGUUGUAAAUCACGCGACUCCAUACCCUGUCAUAAAAAGCGGGGGCUUAUAGAUCCCAGAAUCAAGCGAGCACACCCUUAAGAUCCAGGCAACAUAAAGAGGCGGGUUUGAUGCAAUUUUUCCCAGACUUUUGAUGAAGAACUGAGAAUGCCGGUAUACAUAUUGAUAUUAAUGGCUGCAUGCAAUGCAAUGCACAGAGGAGAUAGAUGAUACAGAAUUCAUGGCUGUGCUUAUGGAUCAAAUUUGCACAUAUAUAUAUGAUGAAAGCUUUGUUGUUUUAAUACUGUGUUACAUUCCUUGAAUUUGAUUGGUUUUGUAGUUAAUUUUGAUGCUAUAUAGCAGCCUCUGUACGGAUAAUACUCCACCAACUGCAAUGGAAAUACGUUCUUCUGCUCUCUUGCAUUUUGCAAA